UCAGGCUGCGCCGGGUCCAGAUUCUUCAUGGGUCCCGUAGGGCCUCCCAUUGUGCUGCCCUCCAUCCCACACUCUGCCAUGUCCCCACUUUCAGGUUCCUCACACUGCGGUGUGUUCCUUUUUUGGUCAGGGGGGUGCUGGCAGUUUACGGGCCCCCCUUUGCUGCUCCCCAGCCCGAAAUUCUCCAGGGGCCCCCUGUACCGCCUCCUCUUGUGCUGCCAGGUCCACAGUGUCUCAUGGGUCCUGUACGGGCCUCCAUGCUGCUGUCUCCAUCGCCACACUCUGCCCAUGUGCCACUUUCAGGUCUCCUCACACUGCUGGUGUGUUCCAUUUUUUGUCAUAGGGUGUGGCAGAUUACGGGCCUCCCAUUGCUGCUGCCAGGCCCGUAAUCUGCCAUGGGCCCCCGUACCGCCUCCUCAUGCUGCUGCCAGGUCCAGAGUCUCUCAUGGGUCCCUGUACGGCCUCCCAUUGCUGCUGUCUCCAUCGCCACACUCUCCAUGUGCCACUUUCAGGUCUCCUCACACUGCUGGUGUGUUCCAUUUUGUC